AUGCCUACUUAUUCGGUAAACGUGGUCAUGUUCGGGCGAAUUGUCCUGAAUGAACAUCCGCUGCUAAACGACGUCGCAAUGGUCGUUCUGCAUGAAUCUGAGAUCACAACGACAAAAACACCAAGCGGUGAACAGGAUGGUUUGACAAUUACUCCAAAGUUUCAGGAGGUCAUCCUAGUGCAGGACCAACGCUCAGAGAUCUCUGCGGAAACUGCUCCAACUGUAUAUAAUUCCUCGCACUUACAAUCCAAAUUUGCCAAUGCUGAGUCUUUUAGCCAAUCUACUCAAGAGGUUGAUCAGAAUUAUCUCAGCUCUACCUCUCGAUCGACCUCUCCUGCCUCGGCUACUGCAGAGGUUUACUCUGAUGCUGAAAUGGAUGAGGUCCACCAUUCUUCUGAGCAUUCAGAAAAAUCCGAUGAAGCAUCCUCUAGUGACUCAGAAAUGAAUGAAGUCCAAAAUGGUCCUAAAGUAACGGUUUUCAAGUCUCCUCCUUAG